CUCCUGGAUUUAGUCCCAGUGGUAGGGGUCAGGUCUGUGUUGUAAUGAUGUCACUGAGGCUUCUCCCAGCAUGGCAGAGUCUAGAGUGUCUGUCUGCAGGGAAAGAGCCUGGGGGAAAUCGGGGUGUGAAAUGGACUAACACUAAUUCAGAAAUCUCCCGAAUUUCCCUUCUCGCCCUGACAGGCUGCAGAAUAACAACCCCGUUUUGCUCCAGACCAUCCCAUCUUCUUCGGGGCCGGAACAGGGAAAUGGCUAUGGUGGAUCCAGCUCAGAUGCUGGUGACCUUUGAGGAGGUGGCUGUGUAUUUCACCGCAGGGCAGGGGGCUUUGCUGAACGCCGCUCAGAGAGCCCUCUACAGGGAUGUCAUGCAGGAGAUAUAUGAGACUGUGACCUCGCUGGGACUUCCCUUUCCCAAACCUGACCUGAUCGCCCGGCUGGAAGCAGGGGAAGAGCCGUGGGUCCCUGAUCUCCAGGUCUUCGAGGAAAGGAAGAUCCCAAGAGGUACCUGCACAGGUGGUGACGAGACAAGUGAGAACGAGGAGGGGAAUCCACAACAGGAAGGUCCUGAGCAAGUGGAACUGCAGGGAAACUUUUUGAGGAGAGCAGAUGGGAAUUUUCCCCAGUGCUUGGAACAGAGAAAAGUCUGGAGUAAUUGGGACAGGUCAGAGAGGAAGCUGGGAAACCAUCCAAGAAAGCAAGCGCACGAAUCCUUUGAAUGUGGAGGAGGAGACAAGGAUUCCAAAGAAACCACAGCCCAACAGACACAUCCCAAGGAAAUGAAACCCUAUAAAUGCUUGGACUGUGGAAAAAGCUUCAACUGGAUCUCAAAUCUUACUACCCAUCGGAGACUGCACACGGGAGAGAAACCGUAUAAAUGCCUUGAGUGUGGGAAAAGCUUCAGUCAGUGCUCAGGCCUUAUUAGCCAUGGGAGGACCCACACGGGAGAGGGACCAUACAAAUGCCUUGAAUGUGGGAAAAGUUUCAGUACAUCAUCAGUCCUUAUUAUACAUCAGAGAACCCACACGGGAGAGAGACCAUUUAAAUGCCUGCACUGUGGGAAAAGUUUCAGUCAGCGCUCACAUCUUACAAGCCAUGGGAGAAUCCACACUGGAGAAGGCCCACAUAAAUGCUUGUAUUGUGGGAAAAGUUUCAGUGGACCAUCAGCUCUUACUGCACAUCAGAGGAUCCACACAGGAGAGAAACCCUAUAAGUGCUUGGAGUGUGGGAAAAGCUUCAGUCAGAGCUCAAGCCUUAUUAGCCAUAGCAGAAUUCAUACAGGAGAGAAACCCUAUAAAUGCCUUGCGUGUGGGAAAGGUUUCAGUGUAUCAUCAGCCCUUAUUGUACAUCAGAGAACUCACACGGGAGAGAAACCCUAUAAAUGCUUGGACUGUGGGAAAAGCUUCAGUCUGCACUCAAGACUAAUAAACCAUAGGAGAAUUCACACGGGAGAGAGACCAUAUACAUGCCUGGAUUGUGGGAAAAGUUUCAGUCAGCGCUCACAUCUUAAUAGCCAUGGGAGAAUCCACACAGGAGAGGGAACACAUAAAUGCUUGUACUGUGGGAAAAGUUUCAGUGGCCCAUCAGCCCUUGCUGCACAUCAGAGGAUCCACACAGGGGAGAAACCCUAUAAAUGCUUGUACUGUGGGAAAAGUUUCAGUCAACACUCAGGCCUUAUUAGCCAUGGCAGAAUCCACACAGGAGAGGGACCAUAUAAAUGCCUUGAGUGUGGGAAAAGUUGCAAUGCACCAUCAGCGCUUAUUGUACAUCAGAGAACUCACACAGGAGAGAAACCCUAUAAAUGCUUGUACUGUGGGAAAAGUUUCAAUCAGCGCUCACAUCUUACUAGCCAUGGGAGGAUCCAUACAGGAGAGGGACCACAUAAAUGCCUUGAGUGUGGGAAAAGUUUCAGUGCACCAUCAGCCCUCAUUACACAUCAGAGAACUCACACGGGAGAGAAACCCUAUAAAUGCCUUGAGUGUGGGACAAGUUUCAGUGCACCAUCAGCCCUUAUUACACAUCAGAGGACCCACACAGGGGAGAAACCCUAUAAAUGCUUGGACUGUGGGAAAAGCUUCAGUCAGAGCUCAAAUCUGACUGCUCAUCGGAGACUGCACAUGGGAGAGAAACCCUGUAAAUGCUUGGACUGUGGGAAAAGUUUCAGUGCACCAUCAGCCCUUAUUGUGCAUCAGAGAACCCACAUAGGAGAGAAACCGUAUAAAUGCAGUGAAUGUGGAAAACAUUUCACUAGCCACUCAGGCCUUAUAAAACAUAAGAGAAUCCACACUGGAGAGAGGCCAUAUGGAUGCAGUAUAUGUGGGAAAACCUUCAGUCAGAGCAUUCACCUAAUUCGACAUCACAGGAUCCACACAGGAGAGAGACCCCAUGAAUGCAGUGAGUGCGGGAAAACCUUCACUCUGAGCUCCACCCUUAUUAAUCAUCAGAGGAUCCACACAGGAGAACGACCCUAUAAAUGCAGUGAGUGUGGGAAAAAGUUCACUCAGAGCUCAGGUCUUGUUAAACAUCAGAGGAUCCACACAGGAGAGAAACCUUAUGAAUGUUGUGAGUGUGGGAAAAGCUUCACUGACAGAUCAGACCUUAUUAAUCAUCAGAGAAUCCACACAGGAGAGCGACCCUAUAAAUGUAGUGAGUGUGGGAAAAAGUUCACUCGGAGCUCAGGUCUUAUUAUACAUCAGAAAAUCCACACAGGAGAGAAACCCUACAAAUGCUGUGAGUGUGGGAAAAGCUUCAUUCAGAGCUCAGCCCUCAAUAAACAUCAGAGGAUCCACACAGGGGAGAGAACCUACAAAUGCUGUGAGUGUGGGAAAAGUUUCAGUCAGAGCUGUCACCUUAUUCGACAUCACAGAUUGCACACAGGAGAAAAACCCUACGAAUGCAGUGAGUGUGGGAAAAGUUUCACUCAGAGCUCAGCCCUUAAUAAACACCAGAGGAUCCACAUAAGGGAGAGACCCUACGAAUGUUGUGAGUGUGGGGAAAGCUUCUCUGUAAAGUCAGACCUUAUUGAACAUCAGAAUAUCCACAUGGGAAAGAUACUUCAUCAAUGCUCUGAGUGUGGAAAAACUUUCACACAAAGUUCAUCCCUUAAUACGCAUCAGAGGAUCCACACAGGAGAGCGCCCCUAUGAGUGCUGUGAGUGUGGGAAACAGUUCAGUCAGAAAUCAACCCUAAUUACACAUCAAGCAAGGCAUACAGGAGAGAGACCCUAUCAGUGCUGUGAUUGCGGGAAAGGCUUCAGUGUGAGCUCAGACCUCAUUGUACAUCAGAGAAUUCACACGGGAGAGAGACCUUAUAGAUGCUGUGAGUGUGGGAAAAGUUUCACCCGGAGCUCACCCCUUAAAAGACAUCAGAGUGUUCACAGGAGAGAGAGACAGCAUAGAAAUUCUGUGUAGGGCAGAGAAAAGAUUUAAAAAAAAAACCCAAAACACAUUUGCUAAUUCCCACAUAGUGACCUUUUGGUUUGUUUGCACUAUUUGUGUCAUUCUGUUCUCUCAGAUCCCUCAUGUGUAUUGCCCACUUGUGCCUUUUACAGGUCGCCCUUCUCUAGGGUUAAUCCUGUGGUCCGUUCUACCAACUCCUUUCUCCUGUGAGUCAUUGGAGUGUGUGUCCUUCCACCAAGGAGUUUCCAUCAGCCCCAGGUGGGGGAAGUUGGGGUGACCACAAGUAGCCUCACUGAGUGAAAAUCGACUAGGGUUUUCUCUUUUACUCUAGGAUUUUCCUUGGAGUCAGUGUGCUCGAGGUAGCUAUCCUGAUGUAAACACUCUGCUAUAUUUGCAGUGCUGACAUAGCCCGGGCACAGGGGCUGGGGUUAGCUAGCAUCUUCCCCUUUGGCCUGUCCUAAUGGACGCCAAUUUUCCUGGUCUGGACAAUCCCUGAGCAGCACGUUUAUACUGUCAUCCUACUAGCAGAGCGACUGUUAGUCACCAAGUUCCCCCUUUGCUGACAAAAUGUCUCCUUCCCAGUUGUGUUCACGCUGGUCCCAGUUCUGCUGGGCAGCAGGUAUUUUUACUUAUAUCAGUUUCCUUAUUGACAAUAUAUUUCAAUAUAGCAAAGAGGAGAGCACGAGUAGGGCAAAUGUAUCAUUUCAGCCUCUGUGACGCCGGAAGGAAAUGGGGUGAGUCAGAGGGAUUCCCUCCUUCCCCAUCACCGUCACUAUGCCCACUCACUCCAGCAGUGCUGGCACCUGUGGGACACAAUGGAGUUUCUCCACCUAUAUUCUACCUCUCCAGCUCCCAAAGAGUCUCUGCAAUUAGUAUCAAUUUGAUCCUAAAUCUGAUUCAUUAGAGCUGGAAAUGAAAGUGUCCCAGACCUGGAUGGGGAAUUCCAAUGGAUCCCAAACACAGUGACAUCAUUCCGAGUUUAAAUCCCAGUUGCUGUCUCUUGACAAAACCACUUCUGGACUUUUUCCUGCUGAUAUGAGAUUCUUUGCAGAUGAGGAGGUCGUCAGUUUUUCCCUAUUACAAUGCUGAUUCCCCCCCGCCCCUCCCAAUAACAACUCCAUAAUAAGGAAGUGCUGUUGAUGAAGCAGGUUUGAAUGGAUCAGAGGAGAAAGCAAUGGGGGAAUCUGCUCUCCUGAUUUCCGAGUCAUCAGAUGUAACCUGAUCUGGAAUUUCAUUUUUCAUGAAAGAGAAAGUCACUUACACCGCUCUGUGUUGAAGCUUUUUCUCUCUCUCUUGAAGACCAUUUGGUCACAUAAUUGAAUAUCAGUUUUGUUCUCCAGGAUGUAGCUUGGAUUUAUCGAGGACUUUGGGAGAAAUGACUGUUUGCUAAAAGAGUUCUUCCUUAAUUUAUUUUUGUCUUUCCCCCCACUGCUGCAUGAUGAUAUUGCAGAAGCUCUAGUGCAGUUCAUUCACCAGGAGAGGCUGCUCCAAACCAUUGGGCAUGCUACCAAGGAAACAGGAGUGGGUUUAGGCCUCCAUCCACUCUGAAAUGGUGAACAACAGCAAACCCCCGAUUGCACAAAUAACUGAAGUAACUGGGUGCGUGUGACCUAUUUGGGAAAUGCUGUCCCUGUAAGUGUUGAUGUGGAGAAAAGAGAAGUACAUUUGUGAACUUGCCCAUGAUAGAUGCUCAAAUUUGGACUGAAAUGAACUCAGUGUUAAAAGUGAGAUAACUGCAGAAUAUCUAUUUUUAAUAAGUUUCCCCUCUUUUGGUGGCUUAUGGGGAUUCUGAGGCAGGAGUGUUUCUAGUCUCUAACUUACACCCUGUGCCAUCAGAUUAAAGAAAUAAAUUGGGCAUGUUUGUAGAAGCCAUUCCUCACUAACUGAGCUCAGAUGUUGAGUUUGGUAAAGGACUCUGUUCCAGAGGAAUGGAAAUGUACCCUGACCAAGGCCAAGGAUUUGGAAGAAGUCGGGCUGAUAUAGCAGACACCCAGUAGUUGAUUGUUGCCCUAGAGAAGGACGCUGCGGUGAACUACGGUCCACUUAAAAUAGUUUGUUUCUAACACCAUUCCCUAGUUCAGUGUCACUGAUUACAGUCCUUCGCUAUUUGGAUCCAAAGUUCCAUGAUGCAAAGUGAAAAAUAGUUGAUGCCUUUAGAGGGGAUUUUCCUUCCCUAGCCUGAUUGCGCACCAAGGACUUUCAUGCCUUUAGAACAACGGUAACGGAGGAGGGACUCAAUGUGUCAGGCUCCAAUUUCAGACGGCUGGAAGUACAAAUGUUGAGUCCUGAUUUUGUGCUCUUGUCACUUGGUUUAGCUCUUGUCUGUUGUAGUUGUACCCACUUCGCCUCCACUUCCUGCUACUAUGAAUGAUUGGAAGGAGUGAAUAUAGAGCCGAGGUCCUUUUUCUCAUGAUGCAAACCUUCCCGCAUAGCAUGAGCCCCCUUCCACCAACACUUCUGUCAGAAGAAACAGAGAUAAAUGAACUCACAGAUGUGGAAAGCUCCUAUGCUGGUGUAGCCCACAUUUACACAGUGCUCACUUGCUUGAAAUGGGGCUUAAAAUGAAACAAACAGGUAUGAUCAGAUUUUAUAAUCUUUGACUGUUUUUGUUCCCAGUGAAAAUGAAGUUAAACAUGAAGUUCAUUAUUGCUUUAAAGCCUAACUUAGUGAUUAUCUGAAUUAUAUUGGAACCCUGCAACGUCCAUUGGUUCGCUUUUCGUUAGUACUAUAUGAAGUGAUGGCCAAUCCUGAGAAGUUUGUUUGAUGUCAUAUAUCCCCUUUGGACUAGGGAGUUCUGACAUAAAACAUCACUCCAAGGCUGAGGUGGGGGAAUGUCUGAGAGAAAUAGCGUAUAGGAGAACACAGACCCCAUCUAGAAGACAGUUAUUUCUAUUUCAAAUGGAAUUUUUUCUGACAAGCUCUAAAGUAAAAAUUAAUGAGACAAGUUGUGUAACCUUUUACCCAAUUAGACAGUAUGAGUCACUGAGUUCCUCUCGUCUCCACAAAGUGAAGUUGUAUAACGUCUGUCAGAGAUGUCCACGGUUCUUUUUAUGAAUGGCAAUGGAUACAUGAGGGAGGCACUAGGUAGUUUGUUUGGGUUUUUUGUUUAUUUUGGCUACCCAUUAUAUUUAUGGCAGCUGAGACCCCUUUUUCUUUUUUAAGGAAGCCCAGUGUCACAAUUCAGCCUUUUAACCCCCAGGCCAGGCUAAUGUAACUUCUAAACAGUCUUUGGAUUUCUUUCAUUUUGGAGAUCUUUGGGGUUCAAACCUCCACAAUGCUUGUGGUUCACAACAACCGAUAUUUUAAGAAUACUGGUGGCUUUAAUGGGACUUUUCCAAACUGACGAUAACCCAAAGUCUGCCUCGCUUGAAAUGGAUCAGGCGACGGUGUCUGUAAACAAGGCAUUCUUCGCUCCUCAUAUGCCCGGAGACUUCAGGGGAGUGACCGUAAUGUGGGGUGAGUUGGAAUCCUCAACCAUAAAGACCAAGGUAAAGGCAGAAGCCCUUUUGCACCAGCAACCUGUCACAUAAAGAUAGACAUUCCAGGAUCCCGAGAUUGAUCUCCUCUGGGGAAGGAAGUCAUAAUAUCAGCAACAGGCUGUGCCAGCCUUGACCUCUCUCCUCGUACCUGAGAAAGCUUAUGAAUGUGGAGUACUGAGCCUGUGACCCAGUCACCUAGACUGCAGCUUUAGCUCCUACUCCAUGGGAGUCCAAAAAGCUGCAGAGUUUCCAUCACUUGUCAAUUUCAAUGUCUUAUUGUUACUUUUUCUAAUUUUUGGUGUUUGAUUUUUACAAACUGGGUGUCAUCCCAGCCUUUCUGUUCUACUGCAGUGGUACGGUGGGGCUCUGUACGUACCUGUGUAUAUGAAACCUGUCACAUCCACACUGGGAAGGAGCUAGAAACAAAUUCCCAAACCUAAAUAGCUCUAAAAUACUGCCCAUCAAAAUGAUUUGAAUAUGUGCUCCUUAUUCUGUGAAAGUGUUUGAAGAACCGAAGCUGUCAGAUAUCAUCAAACUUCUGUGUAUUAAAGUCUGUCUUUAUUAAGUUUUUUAUCUUUGGAAGCCACCAGGAGAAGGUUAGUAACAUACUGGUGAAGUUGAAAAGGGAAACUCUGAGGUCGUGACUUAAAUGUGAGCAAUCAAUUGAAAUAUUCAAUCGGUUCAGUGUAGAUCACAGUCCGUGGGUGAAGUUCAGUAGCUGAGAUGAAUGGACAGCUGGCUCCUUUGUUCCUGUUUCAGGAUUUUGAAGGGUUGAUUUUCUGCUGUAUUAUUCUGAUGAUUUGGCUGAACAGAUGAUUUAAUUCCAAAGCAGAAUCCUUACUGCCUGACUGAUUUCCUGAUCUGACCUGUACUGUGUACCUCAGAGCAAGCUGAUGGUGCUGGUAGUAAUUUAGGUUCUUCCUUUUAUUUGUUUUAUGUAUUUCAUUAAAAUGAACAAAGAUAGCAA